AUGAACACAACUCAAUUGAUCGAGGAUCUUCUUCAGAACUCCAGCUGUAAACAUGAAGCCAAACACUUGAACUCGAACAUUGCUGGAGAUCUUCCUCAUCCUCUUCAUCUUCCGCGCUUCACCGCCGCGUCUCAGGUCCGGGUGACGCUCACGCUCGUACUGUGCGCGCUGUCCGCCUGCUGCAACCUGGCCGUGCUUUACUCCGCCAACAACAACCAAAGAAAACGCUCCCACGUCCGGCUCAUCAUCACCAAUCUGGCCGCGGCGGAUCUGCUGGUGACGUUCGUGGUGAUGCCGACGGACGCGGUGUGGAACAUCACGCUGCAGUGGCGCGCGGGGGACCUCGCGUGCCGGACGCUCAUGUUCCUCAAACUCGUGGCCAUGUACUCGUGCGCGUUUGUGACCGUGGUGAUUAGUCUGGAUCGACAGGCUGCCAUCCUCAACCCUCUGUCCAUCAACAAGGCGAUGAGAAGAAAUAAAGUUUUGCUGGGCGUCGCGUGGACCAUGAGUGUCGUGUUGUCCAUACCGCAGGUAUUUGUUUUCCAUGUUGUGGAGAUUGAUUCCCCAAAGCAGUUUGUCCAGUGCACGACCUACGGCAGCUUUAGCUCUCGCUGGCAAGAGACAUUUUACAACAUGUUUACCUUCACCUUCCUCUUCCUCUUACCACUGUUCAUCAUGAUCUCCUGCUACACAAGGAUACUGUUUGAGAUCUCCAAGAAAAUGACAGAGGACAGAUUGCUGUCCAACAAAGUGCAGCUGCGCAGGUCUAAAAACAACAUCCCAAAGGCACGCAUGCGCACGCUGAAGAUGACUGUGGUCAUUGUCUUGUCAUUCAUGGUGUGUUGGACACCAUACUACAUGCUUGGCCUGUGGUACUGGUUCAGUCCCGCUGGCCUGGAGGAAACGGUGUCCCAGUCCCUCUCGCACAUUCUCUUUAUCUUUGGCCUGUUAAAUGCUUGUUUGGACCCUAUCAUCUACGGGCUCUUCACUGUUCCACUGUGCAGAGGCAUGAGGCACAGACAGCGUGAGCAAAACAUUGUAGCCUUUGAGCUGGAGAACACGAAUAACUCUCUAAUGACCUCCAUCAGGACGUCCACUUCCUCUCUCACUUUAAAGAGACUGGCAGUUCAGCAGACUUCCAGAGAAAAGCUAGAAUGGGAUGCUGAGUUUGUGCUCAAGACUGGAGAUGACGGGACAAAGAAUGCCCUUUAUUCAUCAGGGGUCGCCACAGUGGAAUGA